UACUUGGGUUGCUUUACGGAUGCCAUCCCCAGGGUGCUAAAUCGCAAGACAGAAAACCAUGCCCAGAUGACACGUGAGAGAUGUGUGGCAUUCUUCGAUGGCUACAAAUUUUAUGGUGUCCAGUAUUCUACUCACUGUUUCUGUGGAGAUAGCUUUGAAAACCCGAGUAAAAGUACUCCUGAAUCGGAAUGCAACGGAAAGUGUGGCGGGAGCGGCGAUAUGUGUGGAGCCUACGCUAGAAGCAGUGUUUUCGUAAAA